AUGAUGAGAAGACUCGCUAAGAGCUUGUUGGAGCGAAAGGCAAAGACAAGAAUCGAAGAAUUGAACGAACAAUAUGUGGAAGUAAUGAAAAGAGGUACAAACGCCAGUACCGCUCAAGCUCGUGCUGUAAGAAGUACUGGUUUGGAUGACCAGGAUGUUCUCUCUGGUAAACAACAUAUUUUACAUAAACAAAGAAAGGAUCGUUUAGUCUUCUUACCAGACAGAGAAAUCCUUGAAAAUAGUAAUUAUCCAGCUGAAUAUCCAAGUACAUACGUUCCUGUUCCGGAACCAGAAGUACCAAACCACAAGGGAAGAAGAGCUUUGGGUCAAUUAUACAAACAAUUCCUUGAAUUGUACAAUCGUCAUAGAAGAUUUGUUUGGUUCAACGGAUACGAUCCAUCUAUUCAAGCUGGUGGUGUUUGGGUUGCUCCAUCCGCCACUGUUAUUGGUGAUGUUAGAUUGUGUGAUCAUGUAAAUGUUUGGUAUAACGCUGUUUUGAGAGGAGACAAGAAUAGUAUUGAAAUAGGAGGAUACACUAAUAUUCAAGAUGGUGUUGUUAUCACAACUGAUGAUAAGCCAAACUUUGGUGGUUUUGACAGUAAUGUUGUUAUUGGAGGUCACACCACUAUUGGACAUGGUGUAAAGCUCCAUGCCUGUCGUAUUGGUAAUGAAUGUGUUAUCGGAAUGAACGCAACCAUUCUCGAAGGUGCUGUAAUUGAAGAUAAUGUUGUCAUUGCUGCUGGUUCUUUAGUCCCACCUGGAAGAAGAAUUCCACAUGGUGAAAUGUGGGCUGGAUCACCUGCCAAGUUUGUUCGUAAAUUAGGACAUCACGAAGAAGAACAAGUCAAGACUGAUGCUGAAGCUUAUGUCAAUCUUGCUGAAGCUCACUCUUUGGAAUUUACUUCUUUUGGAAAAGCUUAUAAGGAAGUUGAUGUUAUAGCUGACAAGCUCGAACAAAUCAAUCCUGAAUCUGUUGAUGGAAGACCUGUUCACUGGCAAGUAUGGCAUGAACAAUCCAAGAAUGCUACUGUUGCUUUGUGGAAGAAGGACAGAAUUCUUUAAAUUUCAUUUAACAUUUCUUUUGCUACUAUAAACUCUCACCAUUUUUGAUAAUUGGUAAUCAUGUCUGGGUCCUUAGUCAAUUAUGUGGUGCUUCAAAAUCAAUAAAAAAACAAUUUAUUU